AUGCAACAGGUUAAAUCUGAACAAAGUAUGAAGGAUUAUUGGGAAAAGAUGAUCAUCGAACAGAAGGAGAAAUUACGCUCUCAAGGGUUUAAUGAAGAUGUGUCCAAGGAGGAAGGAGAAUCUUCAACUAAAAAAGUAUCUCGAAAAAGAAAAUCAGUGAAUUAUAAUGAAGACCAGAUUCAUCUACCUAAAAGAAAAUCCACCAAGUCUGUAAAUAACAUUGACGAUGAUAACAAGAUUACAGAUGAACAAAUAGCCCAUUUCGAUCGCAUUUUCCAUGACCUAGACCCAGAAAAGAUGUGA